AUGACAGUUAAACCAAAAUAUGGAGCGUGUCGAGCAAUCACAACGCCAAAUUCCAAAACUGACCAAAAACUUGAGGUAUUCUGUAACAAAAACACGUCAGUCGAUGACAUGAGUGAGAAGUUGUUGAUGAAUUUUACAUAUGACAUUAUAACGUUGUUUUCUGACUCUUCCAUAGCAUUCCAUGUUCCAGGAGCAGCUGCUGAAGAGAAAGCAGUAUUUGCUGAGCGAAGUUCACAAAUUUGUCGUUCUUUCGACAUUGUUCGCAACGCUUUUUUUACAUGA